AUGCCGAGCUAUGCCGACCUGUCGAACUCAGGUGCACGCGCUUCAGCGCCCGACCGUGGUGACCACGUACAUUCAGUCGCAUUCUCCCACGAGCCACAGAAGAGCCGUUCGACGCUCCGGUCCCCUGUCCACAAACCUAGAUACUCUGAACAACAUCAGCAGUAUUUGGAUGACUCGUGGGAAGAGUUCGUAGAGCGUACACCACAGGAGGAUGCUGGUGUAGAGGAAAGAGUAAUGAAGGAAUUCCACUGGAAAGGCAGAGAUCUCCAUUCACAACGUCGGUACAUUGCUCUACGCUUACGAUUCCGCGGAGAACCUUAUGGAUAUAUGAUUGCACAUGACAUUCAUGAUGCUGUCAAGUUAUCUCGUAUCCAAACCCGUAAGCGAAGUAAAAGGGCCAAGAAACAGGUUAAAAAGGACAAAAAAUCCGACAAGAAGGCAACAUCCACACCAGCUUCUACGUCUACACCACAAAAGUCUUCUCAAUCAUGGCCUCCUGAUCACCCGGAUGGAGCAAAUAAGUCUAAAGAGGUUGAGGGUAGUACUAAAAGGGAAAAGAAGAAGCCGGCAAAGCAAUCUGCUACUAGAUCCUCGAGGGCCUCAUCCGAACCACUACUAAACGCUGCGGCACCCUCCCGCAGUUCAGAAAAUCCCUUCGGAGAUCCCAUCACAGAGUUGAAAAAACCAAAGUCGAAAAUACACUUGAGAAAGAAGAAAGGGAAGAAGACGAGAAGUCUCGAGUCAUCAGUGGACGACGAGGAUCCAUUCCGAGACCCGGGGCCGAUGCGACUCGUCGACGCAGAUGAUCUUCGACUGGAAGACACGGACCAGUCCGGGUCUUCUUCGAACGAUGCUCGUGCACCGCACAGGUCUAGGCAUCAUAAGUCCAGGAAGCAUGAGAGAAAGCACCGAAAUAAAAGACGAGAAAAAUGA